AUCAGCUGGCGCAGGUGAGCGCUGCGCCCCGUGACUCAGACCUGUUCCCUUUUCACAACUUUCAAAACAUUUACGCGUGGGGCCGUGGGCUGAGUCCAGUUACAUCAUCACCGACAGGCAUAAAAAAGAAGAAAGGAAAACGACAGAGCACACCAGGGGGAGGACACCGACAUGAAACCUGGAGAGGAAGCGUUCCUGCUCACAGUGGAUCCACGAGCCGAAGUCAUGGACGCAAAUUCCCCCACAGACAUGAAGAAGCCCGGGACGCUCCGCUGCAGCAUAAAGCUGUUCGUGCUGUGCCACGGCCUCCUGCAGUUCUCCCAGCUGCUGUACAGCGCAUACUUCAAGAGCACCAUCAGCACAAUCGAGAGACGCUACGGCCUCAGCAGCUACUCCUCGGGAACCAUUUCCUCUCUGAACGAGGUCAGUAACAGCGUGCUGAUUGUGUUCGUGAGCUACUUUGGGAAUCGGGUCCACCGUCCUCGUGUCAUUGGCAUCGGAGGACUGCUGAUGGCCAUCAGUGCCAUGAUGCUGACCUUACCUCACUUCCUGUCCCAGCCCUACGAUUACACCUCUGUGUUACACAAUCGCCAUGACAUUUGCAACCUGCAGAGCAACUCAAGCAACACAGAGUCAUGUGACCAUGAUGAAACUAAACGUUUGAGCGAGACCAACAACCUGUGGCUGCUCAUGGCCAGCGCUCAGCUGCUCUUCGGCAUCGGCUCGGUGCCCAUCCAGCCCUACGGCAUUUCCUACAUAGAUGAUUUUGCUGGGCCUGCAAAUUCCCCUCUCUACAUAGCCAUCCUGUUUGCGGUUUCUGUAUUCGGGCCUGCCAUCGGCUACCUGCUGGGCUCAGUCAUGCUGCAGAUCUAUGUGGACGUGAACAGAAACGAUUUAGGAGCCGAGCUCGAACUGAGACCCAGCGAUCCUCGCUGGAUCGGUGCCUGGUGGAUGGGCCUGCUCAUCUCCACCGGCUGCCUGGUUCUCACCUCCAUCCCCUACUUCUUCUUCCCCCGCAGCAUGUCUUCACAGGGCAACGGAGAGAGAAAUGAUGGAGAGAGAUGUAAGAAAGAGGGGACGGGAGAAGAUGAUGAGAGAUUAUUUUCAGAGGUGAAUCAAAGUGAGUCUGACUCGGAGGAUGACGACUCUUUGCUGGGCUUCCUGAAGAGUUUUCCCAAAAAGUUUGUCGACCUCUUGCUGAGCCCUCUCUUCCUCAUCCUGGUCCUGGCCCAGUGCUGCUUCUCAUCAGUGAUUGCAGGUCUGUCCACGUUCCUCAACAAGUAUCUGGAGCGCCAGUAUGCUGCUUCAGCCGCCUACGGCAGCCUGCUCGUUGGUGCUGUGAACCUGCCAGCUGUGGCAGUGGGGAUGCUGAUUGGAGGGAUCAUCAUGAAGAGGGUGGGUCUCUCUCUGAAGGCCAUCCCACGUUUCUGUGUGGUCCUGCUGACCAUCUCUACCCUCCUCUGCAUCCCUCUGUUCUGCAUGGGCUGCUCAACGCAGAAGGUCUCAGAGGUCAAUCACCAGCAGGGGUCUGUACUCACGUGCUCCUCAAACUGCUCCUGUCCUCCCAGCGCCUUCAACCCCGUGUGUGGCUCCGAUGACAUCGAGUACAUCUCUCCGUGCCACGCUGGCUGCACAAACUUCACCAAAGACCCCAACAACACCCACAGGGUUCAGCUGUACACCAACUGCAGGUGUAUACCUGGGAGUCAGAGCCACGCCCAUCCAGCUCCGUGUAAGAACAGCUGUGCUCACUUCCUUCUCCCCGUCAUACUCGUCCUCUCUCUAGCGUCACUCAUCGCCUGCCUCACGCACAACCCCAUGUACAUGAUGGUGCUCAGGUCUGUUCCUUCUGAUGAGAAGUCAUUUGCUAUAGGAAUUCAGUUUUUACUGAUGAGGCUGCUGGCCUGGCUCCCGGCCCCUGCUCUCUAUGGGAUGGCCAUCGACACGUCGUGCAUCAGGUGGAGACUCGUAUGCGAGAAAAAGUCUAGCUGUGGUUACUAUGACAACAACUCCUUGAGGAACCGGUACCUGGGCUUGCAGGUGGGUUAUAAGGUGAUGGGCAUCGUCCUGCUGAUGAUUCUUGGGUGGAAGGUGCACCGGACCGAAGAGUACAGUCUGGCAGAUGGCAAGAAGAACCACUCUGACUGUCCUGCUGAGAAGCAGGGUGACCCGAACCUUUUAAAGCUUUGCUGCGGUGUUAAACGCUGAGUGCAGCUGCGUCAGUGGAAGGAAUCCACAGGCGAGAUGGGCCCACACUGACCUCAAUUUCUUUAGGCCCACUCCUCCUAUCUGGCCCUUCACUGGUCAGACAGAGGAUAUCCCUUUUCCACAGGAGAAGUGUCUUCACGUUCCCGGAUGCAUUUUGAUCGGAAUAAUUCAGAUGAUAUGACAGAUUAUAUGUUAGGAUGAGAGAGCUGAAACGCGUUGUUUGUGUGGUACCUCAUGUUUGCCGUGCAUCCAGGGAGGAAACGGACUCUGAUGGUUAAACUACAGCUAAAUGUAUUUUUAUAUUGUGUACCUGAAAGGUAGGAAUCCAUUCAGGUUUCUAUUUGCAAUGUGAACAUAUUCUGUAUCAAAUUAACUGUAUAGCUUAAUAUUUAAGUAUAUUUUUAUAGAUCAUUGUCUCAUACACAGAGACAUCUGUGAUUACUGCAAUACUCAUUUCAUGCAUGAUGCUGUGUAAUACUUUAAUUGUAAUUCAUUUUCAGAUAUCAAGUACAC